CUGAAGCACAAAGUUUUAGUGUUGUGGCAUAUUGGUCAUUUAGAUUCCUUAAAUAAUAUUGGCCAAAGUUUCUCAUGAUGGAGAGCCAUUAUCCAUGUUGGCCUUAUAUUCAUCACUUAAUUAACUCGGAAGCAACCAAGAAACUGCGUGCUGUCUCCUUAUUUUCUCAAAAACUGCAUGAACCCUCUCUUUUUCACCGAACCUUCCUUUGUUCUUUCCCUUCAAUUUUUUAUUCACGGCAAAGAUGGGUGAGAGUAACAGCAACAAGAAGAGGAAGUUAAUUUGCCGCGAAGAAGAACAUGAAGAGGAGGAGGAGACCAAAAUGGAGACGUUCUUUGCUCUGGUGAGAAACUUCCGCGACACACGUGAUCGGUGGAUGGGUCUGAGGUCAGGUGACCGCAAGAGCAAGAGGGGUAAGAUUAUCACUGCCAAGGAAGAAAAUAUAGUUUGGAAACCCACGUUUCAGCUUGAGGAUUUCGCUGAUGAGCAAGCUCGGUGCCGAAACUCUUUGGAACCUAGUGCGUCAUCUCAGAGCAAAAACUGUGAUAAGGAAGAUGCUGCAGAAAAGGGUAUUGACCUCAGCCUCUCACUUUGACAAACGGGUCUCUUCAUGUGACCAUGGCUAGCUUGCUAGAUGUUAUUGUAAUAUUCUAUAUUCAGAAACCUUAAGCUAUAUAUGUGUCUCUCUUUAACUUGAUUUUCACUGUGCAACUUAAUUUGUAGAUGUGUCAUGUGUGGUUAAUUAGUUAAUAUGGUUUUUGCUUUUGAGGCUUUUAGUCAGUCGUAAUGUAUCUUGAACUUCAACUUGUGAAAUAAUUGUACCUUUUCAGUUCCCUCAAUGGCAGUGCUAAUUCUAAAUUGAA